AUGGCGACGCCUUACUACGAUGAGGAGACAGAGGGCAAUGUCUACCAUACAAUAUCUAGUUCGAGCACGGCGCGGACGACGAGUACUAUUACCUCGGACCAGCUCAGUGACUUUUUUCGUGAAUCGCGUGGGCGCUUGUAUCCACUGGACGAGAAUCUUCCCAUGACUUAUCCCGUUGAUGAUGUGGAAGUUCUCAGGCACAAGAUGCAGCACCAAUGCUUAAAGGCUCUUGUGCAUGGACGGAUCAAGACCACGGAUAUUGGACAUAAGAACAUGCGAUGGCAGCUGGGCUCAGAAAUGGCAGAAGAAUUCCCCCAUUGCGAUGUAGUUAGCGUGGACAUUGCACCAAUAGUUACGCAUACACCGAGGGCAAACCUCACAUUCGAGGUGUAUGAUUUGUAUGCUGGCGUCGCGGAGCCCGACGAGUCGUUCGACUAUAUCUCGUGCAGGCAUGUACAAACUCAUGUAAAGGAAUACGAUAGACUUGUAUUUGACCUAUAUCGGGUCCUACGCCCAGGACUGGUUAGCAUAUGCGAAGUUGAAAACUACCUCUACGAGACCGAUCAACCACCGUACAAUAACCUAGCAUAUCGUGCUCAUCCAGAACUUUGUAAAGGCCUCGACCUCGUGCGAGUUGCUAUGGAGAAGCAAGGAGUUGAUCUUUCAGCUAUAUACCAAAUCCCUGACUGGCUACGACCAAACUCUGAAUUCUGGACACAAAUGGGUGUAAAAUAUCAGUAA